AUGGAGUCACGCAUCAAUGGAAAAUUACCCCGGAUGACGAUCCAAGGCCCACACGAUGCUGGAGAAUUAUCUUUUGAGGAGAAAACCAUCACGAACGAGGAGCUGGAGUCAUUUAUGACGUUUCCAGAUUCUACUUUUGAUAUGGAUACAUUCUUACAGGAUAAUCUAGAUAUCAAUUCUCAAUGGCAAAUGGUGGACUCGGUCCUUCCACCUCAAUCCGUUGUAGAGCCAGGCAAUGGUCCUUGGGCAUUUGAUACGGCUAACAAUAACUCUUCAAGCACUUACUUUCCGGAGCCAGCUGCGAUUGAUUUCUCUCUCAAUAGUUACAAUACUCUUGGUGGUCAUCUUCCAAAUCUCGAGUCUGACGGGUGGCUUACAUCAUUUCUUGAGUCACCCGAAUCGAUACUUUACCCCUCUUUUGAAGACACUUUAUUUACAGAGCCGCACUUACCUUGUGAGCCUCUUCAACCUAGAGUUCGGAUGUAUUCUGAGAAUACAUGCCUGAAUAGUGGUGCAUCUGAAAGAGAUUCGCCAAUUGACGAGGUUCAAAAUGAGGUGCCCGAAUCGGUACCAUCAGAGCCUCGGAUAGAACCCCCUAUCGCUGAGGAUCAAGCAACUUCAUCCCUUCAUGACAUAGCUGUGGGAACUCCUCAAAAUAUGGAAGACUGUUUGAUAAAUUUUCACAGUGGAGUAAAAGCGCCGAAGAGAAAGAGAAAAGAGUUCAAUCGAAGGGAAAAGUUGAAAGUCCAUUUGGUUAGACAAGCUGGAGCGUGUCAAAGUUGUCGAGCUCGUAAAGUCGAGUGUACAUCUGAUGGCGUUUGUGAUCGAUGCUUCAAGUUGGCUGGUGAUCCACUUAUGGCUCGACAAAUUUGCAUCCGACAUAAAUUGAAAGAUGUGUACCUUGGAGUUACAGGUAAUGUUCAAACCAGAUUGCUCACAUCUGGGAAAGCGCAAGUAUAUCAGCUACUCAGUGCACUUGAAGGUCAUAUGGCAAAGGUCGAACUUCGUGCCGACUGUUCCAUGGCAAACUUUCCAUGUCGCUCACUUCCCUGUAAAGUGAUGGUUUGUAGAUCUGAGGAUUUCUGCCGGUGGAGAAGCUUGACAAAAAUGAAUGGUGUUUACAUAACACACAAGUCGUUGCGAGAUAAGACAUAUCUAGUUGUCCCAGACUCACUGCCUACUGUUGACGAACUAGAUUUCUUCGGCAGGGAAAUCCUUUUAUCUUCUCCCGAGAGCCAUUCUGGUAAAAUAACACACAUCUUGGAUAAAUUUCUCUACAUCUAUUGCAAACAAUAUUUUGGGUCGCAUCUGGCAUGCCUAUGCAAUGCUGCAUUCAGAAUCACGAGCUUAAAUAGCCUUGUUUUCUACGGAGUGGCAAAUAUCCAUUGCCAUCCCCAUGGCCAGCUUGAUGUAGUCAACACAAUCAAUGACACUUUCUCUCCAGAUACCGUCCGUGAACAAGUCCGCCUUAAAGCCUCCGAGGGUCUCGAGGAAGCUGAAAAAUAUUUCUUUUCCGAAAUUGAAAAUCUCUGCAAGAAGUCUGCAAGCAACAAACAAACGCGUAUUAUUGCCGGUAUAUGUUUGUUAAGACUGAUGCUUUUCUAUCGGGAACGAGUCGUACGAAUCGAGUUGAGGUCUAAUCUUCCAAGAUGCAAGACAGACGAAGACCUGAAAAAUUGCAUUCACCCUGGGAAAACAGAUCCUCAAAAACGAUCCGAACAAUGUGGUUUCAUGUAUAAGCAAUUGGCUGUGGCAUUCAGCACUCUUUGCAGAGGCGACAAUACACCACUGGCCACGGAAUGGGAAGCUGAAGCUGCCGGAAGAGUAGCCCCAGAUGCUCCCAUGCUUGCGAAUACUUUCUCGGAACUUAAGAUUGCAUAUACGGAAUUUUGUGAAAAGAAGCUAACUCAUAGGGAUGAUGAUGUGUUCAAGACUUUGAUUGUCGAUCCAGCUGAGAAAGAGAGAGAACGAAUAGCGAAGAAACAAUCGAAGCCGCUCAAAGUUCGAAAACAGCCCAAGGGUUGA